AUGACAAAGGCUUGUGAGGCGAACAAGUCAUUCCUUCAGUCUGCUGUCGACAAGAAAGAAUACAGUAGAACUCUGCUGGUCGACGAUGGUAGCGACGAAGGGGCGAGAUCUGCCGGUGCCUUCAGACCUACACCUCACCGUAAAGGUCAUGGCGGCCGGUCACCUCGUAGAGACCAAUCACCACGUCGUGACUCACCUCAGACUGCUUCUCGGACUAGGUUAAGCAGCGAACUGAUAGCAGACUUGCUUCAGAAAAAGAGAGAAAGACCAACUCGCAGCAGUUCCUUUCCUAAGAGAGAUAAGACUAUAGCCCGAACUGAUCGUUCUCCUCGAUCAUCUCCCCUACCCCGAUCAAUGGGUCCCCCUCCUCCAGUCAUCGCAUCUCCUUCUUCUAGAUCUUGGGGUGAAAGACCGGUCGGAGUGCAAAUCCUCACAAGAAGAGUGUGA